AUGUUUGCUAUACGACAAUUUUCAUACGUCAUUUUAAAACGUUUGUGUUCACCCUUUGUUAUUCGUUAUGAAUCAACUACAACUACUGAUCUAAUUAAAACGUCUUCAUCUGAUAUUGAACGAAAAUCAACCAUUGAUUAUACACCAUGGGCAACAUCAGAAUUAAAUAGAUUAAUUAAUUAUUUAUCUAUUCGAAUUCAAAAUGUUGGGCCUAUAACUGUCGCUGAUUUUAUGCAUGAAGCAUUAUCAAAUCCAAAAUAUGGUUAUAAUACGCGACAUGAAGUCUAUGGUAAAAAAGGUGAUUUUAUCACGACACCUGAAAUUAGGCAAUCGUAUGCUGAAUUAUUAGCUAAAUGGAUUAUGCAAGAACAUUCAACAAUUGGUGGAAAUGUUUUACAAUUAGUCGAAAUGGGACCUGGUCGUGGUCUAUUAAUGAAUGAUAUUAUUAAAAUAUUAAAAAAAUACAAAUAUUCUAAUACACAUACAUUUUUUGCUUUAUAUGAAAAAAAUCUACUUAUGCGACAACGUCAAGCUGAAACAUUACUUGGUCGAUCGUUUAAUCCAUUAAUAGCAAAUGAUUAUCGAAUAAAAGAUGGUAAUUAUUCUCUUAUAUGGUUCGAUGAUUUUAAACAAUUACUUUCUUAUGAUACAUAUUUUAUUGCAAAUGAAUUUUUUAAUGUGUAUCCUAUACAUAAAUUUCAAAAAACAUCAAAAGGUUGGAAAGAAGUUAUGAUUGAUUGGAAUCCAAUAACAAAACAACUUCAAUAUGUUUUAUCAUUAAAACCAACACCUAUGAUUAGACUUUAUGAAAAUUUUCUUAAUAGUAUCAAAGAUAGACAACAUAUAGAAAUCAGUCCACAACGCGCAAUGAUAAUGCAAGCCAUGUGUACACAUUUAACAACAUAUGGUGGUUCAGCUUUAAUAGGUGACUAUGGUCAUUGGGGUGAAAAAGGUGAUACAUUUCGUGCUUUUCGUAAAGAUGAAAUAGUCGAUCCACUUUCGGAUCCUGGUAAUAUUGAUAUAGUAUCAGAUGUUGAUUUUGAAGAAUUAUCAAAGCGUGGUAUGCAAGUACCAAAUGGUAAUAUUUAGUGGCGUAACCAAAGACGGCUGACCCUUCCUGUCCCUGAUCAAAGUCACGAUAGCUAAACUCCGCCACAAGCUUCUACACUAAAAAGAGUAGAGUUAACUGACAAACGAACUUUCUGAGACGUCUUCUUCCGAUUUUAAUGAUUUCUUUUGCCUAUAGUUAUUACUUAGGGCAUACGAAAAGUUCUGACCACGGUGUUUAAAAGAUCUUUUCGGAUAAGGUAACCUAUUCAGAAAUGAAAAACUAAAUAUGCCAUGUUGUAGAACUUUUUGAGGCACAUCGAAUGGUAUAUAGUAAAUAUUGUUUUCAUAAGACUUUGAAGGAACUAAAGUCGAUUUACUGAUAGAUGACUACACUCCCACGCCCAUUCCACACUGACAAGAUGACCGGAGAUGCUACGUAUAUGAGGUUGUAACCCGUCAAAAACUCUACAAAAUCGUAUGUAAGAAAAAAAAAAUUUUACAAAUACUUUCGACUAAUACUAAGGACUACAAUAUGCAGUAACCUAUCAUGCUUGGGUGUGGGUGUAAGUGUGUAGUCGUCUAUCAGUAAAUUGACUCUAGUUUCUUUAAAGUCUUAUGAAAACAGGAUUUACUAUAUACCAUUCGACACGCCUGGAAAAGCUCUACAACAUGAUAUAUUUGGUUUUUCAUUUCUCAAUGCGUCCCCCUAUUGAAAAAGAUUCUUUAAACGCUGUGGCCAGAACUUUUACUAUGACCUAAGUAUAUAGUGCUCU